GCAGCGAUAGUAUACAAGAAAAUGUCUGGUGAUGAUAUUUUGCUGCCACUGGCUAUUGAAAAGUGGCCAAUACUUGCAGAAACAUUAAAAAAAGAUUGGCCUUUUUACGCACAAUAUUACUAUUUCGUUCAAACUGCCAUUAAGUGGAAGUCGAAAGAACCAGUUUUGCCUCAAAAAAUUUAUUGCCCAGGAGGUGAUCAUAAUUCUGGCAUUUUCGUUGCGAUAUCUUGUUUUGCAGUAUAUAAUGUGCUACUUUUUGCCCACGAGGGCUUCGAAACACUUUUACACAAGGCUGUAACAGAGACUAAAAUUAUUCAAUGGACUGAAGGUGUUUGCUUCCCGGCCGUCAAUUCUCGUAUUAUUCCAACUGUUUACUCUAUUAUUGAGACUUUGAAGCAAACAAAGGGAAUAGAAAUAGAGUGGAAAUUGCCCGGAAACUGUUUCUUCAAGUCUAGAGAGAAAUGCGCUGCUGUCGAAGUUCGGGUGCCUGAAGGAUGUCAUUUGGGCAGAAUUGAUGAAUCUCACGUGCCUCUGAUACAUUCUUUGUGGCCUCAUCGAAACAAGGAACAUCCAGAACAAACAACGAAGUUUAUCAUGACAAUGGUGAGAUUGAAUGGAGGAUGUGGACUAUUUUCAAGAGAAAACAACGAACUCCUCUCAUGGGCUUCGCAAUCGGAAUUAGGUGCACUCAGUUUUGUUCAGACAAUCGAAAAAUGCAAAAGAAAAGGCUAUGCAAAAGUAGUUGUAAAUGCCUUUGCAAAAGAAUUAGCAGAGAAUGGAGUAGAUUCGUUUUUAUAUAUAAUUAAAGAAAAUUUGGUUUCCGAAACAAUGUUUCAAUCCUUGGAUUGGAAACUAAACCAUGAAGAGGAAUGGAUAAAAAUGACAGAGACUAGAAAUAAAAUAGAUUUGAAAAAUUAGAAAUCUGGAUUAAACUUUCCAAGAGCACAUACUUCAAAUUUGGUUCAACCCACAUAUGUAACGUAUUUUAAAGCGCUAAAGCGAAUAUUCAUGGAUAUGACUAUUAAAAUCUCCGCAUAACCCGUUUAAAUACAUAAAAUUACAAACCGAAGAAUCCAUGCUGAGAAAUUUGGAGAUCCCAGGAUAUCAUAAAACCUUGAUAAAAACUAGAUAUGCUUUUACAGAAUGCGAAUCUAAAGAAAAAAGUUAUAUGUAGGUAUUAUUGCGGAUUUGGAUGAAUUACUGCGCAACAUAUUACUGCGGAGAACCCGGUUCUU